CUCUUUCUUAUAAAACCAGUAUAAAUAAUUAUUUGAAUUAACAAAUGUAUGCUAAAUUAAUUUACUUAUGAUUUAAACAUAUAUCAGUUGCAUACCUUUAAAGUGACUCACAUCCAUUGAUAGCUUAUGAGUGAUGUGUACUUUGUUGAAAUUCAUUAAGAUCAUUGUUUGCUAUAAUUUUUAUUGCUUCAAAUGGAUUUUGUAAUACAUUUAUGAAAGAUUCCUUUUUAAGUGUUUUAUUGCCAUUUUCUUUUCUUUUUUAGGGGACAGUCCUAUCAAUGUAGAACUUGCUGUGGCAUUUUGGAUUAAAACCAUUUUUUUUUUGGUUUAAUUUUUCAAUGGCAGAAAUUAAUGGCUCCUGUGGGUUGAUUGAAUGUUCUGUUGUCCUGAACAACAUUGCUACAGUUGGCACGAAUAUUGAGCUUGCAGACUUCAAAUCCGAAAAGUUGUGCACUGAGAUUUCAGAGGAGUCCCCUCCAUCGCCAACAAGCUCGCAAACAGUGAUAGUUGAAAAUAGUACAGAAUUCGGUGCAUUUUCAAAUGUUGAUAAAUCCAAAAGUUCUUCCAUCACAGGUGAUAAAGAUAAAUGUGAAAGUGAUUUUAUCAAACAAUCAGGAGUAAAUGAUUCUUCCCCAAUUUUUAAAUAUAGUGAGGAAUACAUCGGUACUGUGGUGAACACAUUAGCCCAGUGUAGUGAUGAAAAUUGUGAUAAAGAUUUAGAUGAACAAGAACUUAAAAACAAGUGCAAUAAUGACUUAAAAAAUGACAAUAGUGAUACCAAGUGCAAGAAAGACUCAACCGUCAUUCUUGAGGAGUUGAAAGAAGUGGAAGCUGAACAGUUAGGUGAAGAAAGUUCUUCUGGUAUUAGUGACGAAGAACAGACAGGAGAAAGACACUGGGAUAUGGGUUCAGCUACAUCAAACUUGACAUUCGGUGGUAAGGAACCUGAAGGAAGUGAUUCUGGUUUGAGUUCAGAUGUCAAAGCAGACUCCCUUUCGUCAGAUGAUUUAAUUACUUCUCCUUGGGAGCAACGAACUCCAACAACUACAAUCAAACCAAAAAGUAUGUUGAAGCGCUCUGGUUCAGUUGAAGAACCACAACCACAACCACCAGAAAAGAAGGCUAAACGAUCUAUUGCAUUUGGUGAAGUAAAUGUGUUCUACUUCCCUAGGUCUCAAGGAUUCACAUGUGUUCCUUCACAGGGUGGGUCGACGCUUGGCAUGUUACUAAAUCACACUGAUAGGCGAACAUUUAGUUUAACUGAACAUGGGUCAGAGCAACGUAGAAUUCAUAGAGAAAUGCUGGCACAACUUCGGAACUCACCUGGAAAUCUUCCUUCAUCGUCUUCUGACUCGGACACUGAUGACCAAAAUACUGAAUCAGAAUUGGAUCCUGAUAACUAUUUUUUCCUUCAGCCUGUUCCAACGAGGCAGAGGCGAGCUCUAUUAAGAGCUGCUGGAGUACGUAAGAUAGAUUCUCUGGAAAAAGAUGAGUGCAGAGAUAUUCGCAGUUCACGUGAAUUCUGUGGCUGCUCUUGUAAAGGUUUUUGUGAUCCAGAUACUUGUGCUUGUUCUCAGGCAGGGAUCAAAUGCCAGGUGGACAGACUAAAUUUUCCCUGUGGGUGCACGCAUGAUGGUUGUGCUAAUUCUAAUGGGCGGAUAGAAUUCAAUCCGAUGAGGGUAAGAACUCAUUUUAUUCAUACUAUGAUGCGAAUAGAGAUGGAAAAGAAGAGAGAACAAGAAGAAGAAGAAGCUAGACAAUCAGAAUUGUCUGGAUUCUCGGGGUACCGCCAAGAGGUCUCUUAUGGGAAUUAUCCAUUUGAAACAGGUUUUUCAUAUCCUUCAUAUGCCUAUCCAUCAUAUGAAAAUGAUUUCCAGCAGUAUGAGUCCUUCCAAAGCAGUUUCAGGUACCCAGAAGAAAAAGGUGAAUCGUUCUCAGAGUUGCUCGCUCCAAACCGAUAUCAAGAGACAAACCUGGAACCGGUACAAGACCAGGGUCCUUCACAAGAUGCUGAGAAACCUCAGGAAGAAACUGAUGGUGAAAAUUUCGGAGAAAUUAUUAAAAAAACAAUGGUAGAGAGUGCAACAGCUUAGGAAUAGUUAUUUGUUGAAUAUGGUGUUACUUAUGUAUGUGAAUUGAAUGUAUUACAAGUCAAUGAUAAAUUUAUAAUUUCUCUGUGUCUCAGAUUUGCUGUUAUUGUUAUAGCUACAAAGUUUGUUUUAAAGAUAAA